AUGUCAGAAUAUGACAAGGAAAGGAUUGAAUAUAAGCAUUUAAUGAAUUAGUAUAGGUCAAGAAUCGUCAAGGACUUUUGGGAAGAAUAAACCAAAAUUGAAAAUCAAUAUAUCGACGACUAUUUGGCAAAAGAAAAAGCGAAAUAAGAGAGACUUGAUAUUUAUAGAAGAAAUCAGACAGUAAUCUAAACAUUUAAUGCAACAUAAUAAUUCAAUAAGUUACAAGACAUCAGAAGAGUCAGGAAUGAAAGAGUCAAGAAAUAUCUUGUUGAAUAAGACAUUAAAAAAAUGAAUAGGCAAUAAAUAAUCAGAGUAUUAAAUGAAGAAUCCAAAAAUUGGAUUUCAGAUAAAAACUCAUAUGAAAAGUUUGUAGGAAAUCUAUUAAUUCCUGAUACUGUUCUAGAUGAAAUAUCAUAUUAUCAUGAUUUGUAAGAGAAAGCAAUUCUUUUUGAAACUGCUUAAUAUGAAGAAAUUGAUAAAUUGAAUGAUCCAAAUAUCUAGUUAGAAUGGAAGAAUAGACUUGGUAUGCCAUUAUAUCAAAGAAUUGUGACCUUAAUCAAAUUCUUAAAAUAAGAUAAUGUCUUAGGAAAUUUAAAAUUUGAAUGGGAUACAUGUUAAGCAAUCAUUUUGACUGACAAAAAAUUAAGCGAAAAAGAAAUGGCUGAACAAUUAGAUAAAGUCAAUGGUGCAUUUUAAACUGUCAUUGCAUAAAAGAUAGAAGAACUUGAAUAAAACCCAGUCAAACGAUUAGAAGAAAUGAAUAAAUAACUUAUAAGAUUAUACAAUCUCCUUGAAUUAUGGGAUAAAUACAUCACCAUAGUUAAAAUGGAUAACUCAACUGCUCAAUAAAUUAUGUAAGCAGCCAAAGCCUAAAUUAAUUUAUUUGAAACAGAAGGUGGAAAAGAUUAUAUGGUCACCUCUGACAAUAGUCUCAUUGAGAAGUUCAAUGGCAAGGAGAUUAAAAGCAAGGAAGAAAAAGACGAUAAAUAUAUCAGUGCUGAUGAAACACAUACAGACAGUGAAGAUAUUGAUUUGGAAAAUCUAUAGAAAAAGAAGGAAACCAAAGACAUUUAUGGUGGCAGAACCACAAAAUCAUAUAACUUUGAUACUGAAAGAAUCAAGGAUAAGGACAAAGAGUUUUCUAAAUUAGUUGAAGAAUUAUUUGCUAAAGCUGAAGCAAAAGCCAAGGAUUCCAACCUUGAAUUCGAAUCUAACUACAGAAAGAAUCCUCAUCAAAAAGUAUUUUAUAAUGACAAUCUAAAUGCUCCUAAUGUUCCUGAUGCUAGAUCAGUUUUCGAAGGAGUAGAUUUGGAAUAACUGUUCCCUUCUGAAGUUCUCAAUGACGAAACCAAGACUCCUUAUCUUGAUUUCAAAAAUGUUGAAGAUAUCGAAAAUCAUUAUUAUGAAUUAAAAGCUAUUUACAGUCUUAGAAAAUAAGGAGAAUAGAAUAUCCUUCUUAACCCAGAUGUUUAAAAAUUCAACACCACAAUCACUGCCCAAACUUACAAACAUAUCCUUAAUAAUUUAGACGUUCCAUAAGAGUAUUCUAAAAUGAAACAAGAUACCUAAAAAUUGGUUGAUGCAGUUGGGGAGAUUAAAGUCACUGAUGCCGAUUUCUUAUUGAAGAUCUGGAAUUAUUAUAAUUGAUGAUAAAUAAGAAUAUGUAUAAAAUAAAAAAAGCAAUAUUCAAACAUAUAUCCUC